UUUGCGGAUGCCUUGGGUCGUGAAAUUCGAACUUUUGGAUUUCUUUUUUCUACGGAUGGACGUCGAAUAUAUUUACGAGGAUUGCCUGGAAGGCCUGGCCCGCCAGGUCCAAUAGGAAAGACAGGUCCAAAAGGCGAUAAAGGCGAACAAUGUGCACCACCAAUACCUCAGGAAACUGUUAAAUAUGUUCAAUUUUUCAUCUCCAAAUUCUGCUGGUCAUCAGCUUUCCCCACCUCCAGCAGUAAUUCAAGGACCUCCAGGUCCUCCUGGAUUGCCCGGCCCACCUGGUCGUUCAUUACCAGGACAAAAAGGAGAGCGUGGAUUGCCUGGAUUUGAUGGAGAAUCUAGAAUAGGACCUAAAGGCGAACCUGGAGUACCUGGCAAAACUGGACAUGUUGGGCCUAGAGGAGAAAAAGGAGAAAAGGGCUCAAUGGGGCUGCCUGGACGUGAUGGCCGUAAUGGGCAGCCUGGACUUGUUGGGCCUAGAGGAUUUCCUGGACCUAAAGGAGAUCAAGUAGUCCAAUAUUCAGAGGACAAUAAACAAAAACAACAUCGGCAAAAACAAAAUAAUCACGAGAAUUGUCAAUGUUUAGAUGGAAAGCCAGGAAAACCAGGCGCGAAAGGUGAACCGGGAAUGCCUGGAAAAUCAGCAAUGGAGACACCACGUCCUUUGCCUGGAAUGGAUCAUAAAUUUCCAACAAUUAUUCAAGGUCCACCUGGCCCUCCAGGACCGCCUGGGGUAAAAGGCGAAAAGGCACAUCUUCGAUUUUCUAAAGUUGUGCAAGGGCCUCCAGGUCCUCGUGGAUUGCCUGGCCCUGGAGGUGAAAAAGGAGAGAGAGGGGAAAUUGGACUUCCUGGAUUGCCUGGACAGCCUGCUCCUCCCUCAUUUCCAACGGUCUUUACCGGUCCAAAUGCUAAUACUAAACAAGGCGCUAGAGGGCCGCCGGGACUACCCGGUCCUCCCGGCCUUCCAGGCCCUUCAGGUAAAACAGGCCCUCAAGGCACUAUUGGUCUGCCAGGCUCUCCUGGUCCUAUGGGCUUGCGAGGACCGCCUGGAAUUGUUGGCUCUCCCGGAAUUCCAGGUCCCAAAGGUGAUGUAGGCCCAAUGGGCUUACCUGGGAUGACUGGUGCAAAAGGAGAUCGUGGACCUAAAGGAGAUCAGGGUUUGCCAGGACUUGACGCUCCUUGUCCACCUGGUCCAGAUGGACGUCCAUUGCCUUAUUGUGGAGAUCCAGCCCCAUUGACAGAGGUAAAAUUUAUUUAUUUUUUCAUCCAUCCCCAACUAAAAUGCUAA